GGGGCCGCUGGCGGCUGCGCGCUGCCGGGUGCGUGCUGCCGGGGCGCUGAGCCGGAGCUGCCCCUGGAAACGCGAGCCAGAGCGAACACCGGAGCGUGAAUUCUCCUCUGUUCUGGGCCCACCGCUAGCGUUCUGCUUGCGAUGUGUGCUGCUUCUAGAGCUGCUGCGGCAGCCCUCAGUGCGGGUUUGGGAUGGUGGCCCAGUGCCCCGCGGCCGGCCCCGGGCUGUGGUGCGGUGCCACGCUCCGGAACGCUGCGUGCCGACUACAGCUGCCGGAGCCGGACGGUGCGGCAAGUCCCCUGUCCGCGGCAGGACCCCGAACUACAAACCGAGGCCUGCUGGGAGGAAGCGGAGGGACGCCCCACAGGAAGCGGGCAGAUUCCAAGACCACCAACUGUCCUGUAAAAAUAAAGAGGGAAAUACAAUCCUACUUGGCAACAAUGAGGUAUUUUCAUUUGUGCAAGCUUCCAGGAAGAGUUAUGGGAAUCCGCCUGCUACGCUUCACUUCUGUGGUGAUCCUUGUCCUGCUUCUUGUGGCAGGUGCUUUAACGGCUUUGCUUCCCAAUAUCAAAGAUGACAAAAUGCCCAAUUUGAGAAGGGAGCCAAAAACUCAGAGUCAGUCUGUCUUGGAUUCAUUUACCCUUAUUAUGCAGACAUAUAACAGAACUGACUUGCUGCUAAAACUUUUAAAUCAUUACCAAGCCAUCCCCCACCUACAUAAAGUAAUUGUUGUGUGGAACAACAUUGGUGAGAAGAUACCAGAGGAGAUGUGGAAUUCCUUGGGGCCUCAUCCUGUCCCUGUUGUCUUUAAAGUUCAAACUGUAAAUCGCAUGAGGAAUAGACUCCAGAAUUUCCCUGAGCUGGAAACAAAAGCUGUAUUAAUGAUGGAUGAUGAUACACUAGUCAGUGCUCACGACCUGGCUUUUGCCUUUUCUGUUUGGCAGCAAUUUCCAGAGCAUAUAGUCGGAUUUGUGCCAAGAAAGCACAUUUCUACUCCUUCAGGUGUAUACAGUUAUGGCAGCUUUGAACUGCAGAACCCUGGAUUUGGAAAUGGAGAUCACUAUUCUAUGGUUCUUAUUGGUGCAGCAUUUUUUCAUAGCGGGUAUUUGGAAGACUUUCAAAGACAGCCAGAAGCUGUUUACACCUUAAUAGAUGAAACUCAAAAUUGUGAUGAUAUUGCCAUGAAUUUUCUGGUAUCAAAGCAUACUGGAAAGCCUUCUGGAGUGUUUGUGAAGCCAGUUGAUAUUAGAAACCUAGAAAAAGACACGAACAGUGGCUAUUCUGGAAUGUGGCACCGAGCAGAGCAUUUGUUACAGAGAUCUUACUGUGUAAACAAACUGGUUAAUAUUUACAAUGGCAUGCCUUUAAAAUAUUCUAAUAUCAUGAUUUCUCAGUUUGGUUUCCCUAAUUAUGCCAACCACAAAAAUAAAAUGUAAGCAAAUGAAUUUAAGGAGUUAGAUGUUAAACGAAACUCAAGUGAAUUGUACUGAGUUCAAGGAGAGAUGAAGGCAUAAUUACUGCAUCUUGGCCAUCCUGCAUUUUUUCCAUAUUGUGUUUUAUGGUUGAGUGGUUGUUUUUUUUUUUUUCCCCUUUUCUUACUGAUUCUCCAAGGUAAGUUUUAAGAAAGCUUAAAGAAUAUAUGCUAAUGUUUAGCUGUGAUAAAAUCAUCCUCGUUCCUUAAAACCUGAAAAGCUGUUACUAUUAAUUAGGCAGAAACAUGCAGAUGAAAAUGCACUCCUGCCCUUCAGUGCCUCUGUUCUGAGUUGGUUUUGUUUCUUUGUUUUUUAAAGUACAUGUAUCUAGUCAAAUGAAGUCUAGGCAUAUUUUUUAUAGCUAUAUGUUGAGAUGCUUCCUUGCCUUCCCCUACCUCUCCUCACCUCCUCCUAGCCAGUUCCCAGUGAAACUAUAGAAGCACUAUAGUAAAGUGUUGGCCAGGCUUCUAGGCUCCUGUACAGAAUCCCUCUGAAGUUUGUAUAUAAACUAUUCUGUAUUCUGAGAUGUUCCUGAAGCUGCUAUGAAAGCAAGCCAGAAAAAGAGUACCUCACUAUUGCCUACAAUGUCUACUACUGCUAAGACAGUGGAAAAAGAGAUGGCUUUUUUCCUGUUAUUAAAUUGCUUAAAGUUGCCAAAACAUUGCAAGCAGCUGAAAGGUAAAAGCUACUGGGAAUGUAAGAAACACAAAUGCAGGAAAUAGGAAACUUGCCUAAGCUGCCAGAAGAAAUGGAUGUGAUAUGGGUACUCUCUUCUAUAAUUAGUUUUAUUUUGGUAUUUUGCAUGCACAUUGUUACAAAAACAUGCCCAAGAAAAUCUAUGCUUUAAAAAACAGUCUUAUUUACAAUUCCUAGCAAGAGGAACCUGUUCUACAUUUACUACAGAAUGUAGAUUUUGUAAUAUUAUAGGUCUACUGGUUUUUAACCAUUCUUUCAAGUGAGUAUUUACUUGACUUUUUAUUUACUUUCAUCUUCAUUUUUGGUGGCUAUGAUAACAGAAUGAAAAUGUGCAGUGAACAGGUGGAGCAUUCUAAAAAGUGGUUUUAAAUGCAGUGGUAUUUGUCAGAGUUUGGACUGUUACCAGUUUUUGAACUCCCCAGCUUCAUCUAUAGCAAGAAAUGGCUACUAUUAACAGUUUUUGUUAGAUCAGGACUCUAGUUCUGGAAAUAAGUUAACAGAGGACAAACCUUUGCCUUUGCAGUUACAGAACUUUUGUGAUCUAGAGGAAGGUGCAAAAGACAGUGAUUUUCCUGGAUCACAGAGGAAUCAAGUCUGGCAUCCACAGCAGACUGAGUUUCAUCUUCUUCAGCUUUUAAUUGAUUCCUAGUAUCGAUUCACAGGUAUCUGUUAACAAUAACAGCUAAUAGCUAUAACACCAAUAGCAUCUGCACAAAUGGUGUGUGGUUUUGGUAGCUGGACAAAAAAGUGGUUGAAAAAUGUGAUGCAUUUGUUGAAGGGCAAAUUGUGGGUGUGAGUUUUUUUUGAAGGAAGGUUUUUCUGUCUUACUCUGUGUUAAAGGAUUUGGUUUCUGCUGAGUGAAGUCUUCCUGGCCCUUUUCUAAAAUUUAAAGGGCAAAGUAUUAACAUGGCAAUGUAAAAUCUGCUUAAUUGUGUUGUAAUAGUGACAAUUAGAUUUUAAUUGUGCUCUAGUGAUAAGUAACAUACAAACAGGUCUAUGAUGUUUCCAGAAAUGCAACUUCCCUAGUGGUCAUUCACUGCAUUUCACUUACUUGUCUGUACUUUCUGUUCUGUGCAGUAUCAACUGGAAUUGUUAAAGAGUCACUGAUGUUCUUUAACUUUUAAAAUGUGAAAUGAACAGCCAGAUCUUAGUAUUGGGCUCUUUGUUGUGGGGGGAGGAGUUCCUUUGGGUGGUUGGUUUUUUUUUUUGUUUUAUCUAGUUUGGGUUUUGGUGGGUUUUUGUGGUUGUGUAUCAGUGAAAGAACCAAUAGAACACAUUUUUAUUAUGCUGGUAAAUUUAAUUUGUCCCAUUGUCAAAUAAAAUAGAUGUAACAGA